AUGUCGGAGGCUUCCAUUCAACCCGCCCUUCGUGAAGUACGUCGGGCGCUUCUCGACGCGGAUGUCAACGUUGACGUCGCUGAUACGUUGAUCGAAGGAGUACGUGCGCGAAGCCUCGGGCAGGAAGUAUUGGAAGGUGUUACCGCCGAACAACAAUUUGUUAAAGCCAUGUACGAUGAGUUGCUCGACAUGAUGGGAGGCGAUUCGUCAGUACCGAUGAGUGACGGGCCCAGCAAUGUUCCCGUUGCGACCUUGGCGUCUGGUACCGCAGCCGAUCCCGCCGUCAUCUUGCUUGCAGGUUUGCAAGGUGCCGGUAAAACAACCGCAGCCGGGAAACUCGCUCUUUUUUUGAAAGAACAACGCAAGGUGUUGCUGGUAGCAGCAGAUAUAUAUCGGCCGGCUGCUAUCAAACAGCUGCAAGUACUCGGAGAGAGCAUUGGGGUAGAGGUAUUUACUAAAGGAACGGAUGUUGAUCCGGUGGAAAUUGUCAACGCAGGAAUUCAAAAAGCUCGAGAUGAAGGAUAUGAUACCGUGAUUGUGGAUACAGCGGGUCGUCAAGUUAUCGACACGGAUCUCAUGGACGAACUCCAGCGCAUGAAAAGAGCUGCUAGUCCACAAGAAACUUUGUUGAUCGUUGACGCCAUGACCGGUCAGGAAGCUGCAUCCUUGACGGCCGCUUUUGAUUCCGCCAUCGGACUAACAGGUGCAAUUUUAACUAAAAUGGAUGGCGAUUCUCGUGGCGGUGCCGCUGUGAGCGUCCGAGGGGUAAGUGGUAAGCCUAUUAAAUUCGUUGGAACCGGUGAAAAAACAGCCGAUCUGGAACCGUUCUAUCCGGAUCGUAUGGCAAGUCGCAUUCUCGGUAUGGGAGAUGUAGUAAGCUUAGUUGAAAAAGCCGCAUCAGAGGUUUCAGAUGCUGACGCACUCAAGAUGCAGCAAAAAAUGCUUGACGCCAGCUUCGAUUUCGAUGACUUCGUGAAACAAUCCGAGCUUGUCACCAAAAUGGGAAGCGUUGCCGGAAUCGCGAAACUAAUGCCUGGUAUGGCCAAUCAGCUCAACAUGAAUCAGAUUCGUGAAGUCGAAGCUCGAUUAAAGAAAAGCAAAUCCAUGAUCUCAAGUAUGACCAAAAAGGAACGGGCAAACCCCGAGCUUUUGAUCAAGGAUUCUAGCGCCCGUUCUCGCUUAAUUCGAAUUACAAAAGGAUCGGGCUGUGGGCUGGAUGAAGGGCAACAGUUUAUGAGCGAGUUUCAGCGUAUGAAAACCAUGAUGAGCACGAGGCGGUUUUGGCGGUUUUGGCUAAUGAUCCAGAGUCUAGCUUUGGCGGUCACUCGCCCCGAAAAUACCGUGUAG